GAUAUGUGAUUUCGAAGGAAGAGUACUAGAUCAUGAUGAAUCAAUCAAGCUCAAUAGAGGGGCAGCCGAGAGCACCAUGUCUUCGAUGCCACAACCAGAUGCAAACCUCUUCAAUAAGAGAACGGAUAUGUUUGCGCUAGGAACAGCUAUUUACGUUAUGAUAAGCGGCCAGCCACCAUUUCCUAAUCUCAAUUCUGCAGAAGAUGAGGAUGAAGUUCAAAGGCGUUUCAGAGAGUGCGAAUUUCCUCCACUAGAAACUAUUCCAGCUGGCUCUGUUGUACGAAAAUGCUGGAUGGGAGAUAAUUCGACGGUUUCCGAAAUUAUGGAAGACAUCCGCCGUAUGGUAGAUCACAAUCUCCGCUGCUUUUGAUCCCUUAUAUAUUUCGUCAGCUAUGCUGUGCUACCCAAAGUAUCCAAAGUUUCG